UCAGCUCUCUGUCGUGUCGGAUCGGGUGUUCCCGGCCGGACAUUACCACCAUGCGUACCUUUGGUUUGUGGAGUGUUCUGUUUCUGGUUGGUGUCGUCGCAGUUGCAGCACUUGAUUUGGAUGAAGACAGUGACAAGCGACACCAUCCAAGGCUUCUGGAUGAGCUGAGCCCUAAGAAAUCGCUAUCGAAGAAUGCCGAACAAGAGCAGACCAUCAAGUACUGGAGAGACCAGGCGAAGGCAACGGUGGAGCAGUUGGUGAAGAAGAGGGAAAACACAAACAGGGCCAAGAAUGUCAUCAUGUUCUUGGGUGACGGUAUGUCCAUUGCCACCGUUGCCAUGGCACGUGUUUACGCAGGAGGCGAAGAGAAACCAUUAUUCUUCGAGGAAUUCCCGUACCUUGGUAUGGCGAAGACAUACUGCGUAGACUAUCAAGUACCCGAUUCCGCCUGCACAGCCACAGCCUAUCUGACAGGUGUGAAGGCUAAUUACGAAACGAUUGGUGUGAAUGCCCAUGUCCAGGUGCAGGAUUGCCAUGCUGCCCGGAACCGCUCAACACACACGACAUCGAUCGCUCAGUGGGCGAUGGAUGCGGGUAAGGAUGCUGGUAUAGUGACAACGACGCGCGUAACGCAUGCCUCUCCGGCUGGUGUGUACGCACACACAUCAUACCGUGAUUGGGAGAACGACUUUUAUGUGAAAGAAGAUGGUUGUACGUCGGAGCAGGUUGAUGAUAUCGCUCAUCAGUUGGUGUAUGGGGAAACAGCGCCAAAGUUACGUGUCAUAUUGGGAGGUGGGCGACGUGAGUUCUUGGAUCGACAAACGGGCGUGGAUCCUGAAACUGGUAACGGAGGAUACCGUUCCGAUGGCCGUAACCUGAUCGAUGAGUGGCUCAAGAAUGGGCCGGUCGGUGAGAACCGUACGUUCGUGUGGAAGAGGUCCGAGCUGAUGGCCGUAGAUCCACUCAGAACCGAUCGGCUGCUGGGAAUGUUCGAACCCAGCCAUUGUGCCUACAAUCUGGAUCGAGUCAACAAAGGACUGGACGAGGAACCGACGCUUUCCGAGAUGGUGGACAAAGCCACGGACAUGCUAAGCCUCAAUCCGAACGGGUUCUUCCUGUUCGUCGAAGGAGGCCGCAUCGAUCACGCUCACCAUGACAAUCGUGCUAAGCUGGCUCUGGACGAGACGGUGGAGUUCGACAAGGCGAUUGAGUUUGCACGGAAGAAGUUUAGCGAGGAGGACACGCUGAUCGUAGUAACCUCGGACCAUUCACACAGCGUCAGUUACGCAGGAUAUCCGCGUCGUGGCAACGAUAUCUUUGGAACUGCUGGAACGGGCCGAGAUGGUCUGCCCUAUAUGACGAUCAGCUACGCGAACGGUCCAGGCCACAAGAAGCAUGUCGAUAAGAACACAGGCACUAGGAUGGAUGUGCGCGAAAUGGAUAGGAGUAAGGACAACUUCGAUUUCCCAGCCAUGGUACCGAAAGACUCGGAGACGCACGGUGGUGAAGAUGUGGCAGUGUACGCGUCCGGUCCCUGGUCGCAUCUGUUCGCCGGAUCUUUCGAGCAGAAUGUUAUCCCCCACAUGAUGGGCUAUGCAGCCUGUAUUGGAGCUGGGAUGCAUGCCUGUGAUCGAAGCUGA